AUGUCGAAACGUGGGAACUACCCGUAUUGGUCUGAACGGAUACAGCGAACCUGGAUGCAUAGCAUAGCCAACCCAACCCCAGGGUUCCCUGGUUGGAUAUCAGGAUGGCUUCACGAAGCUAAUUUAAGGAGGAGGUGGACAAGACAUUUGGGGAUCUAUGAGACCCGGAGGCUGAGCCCCUCAACUUUACCAUACAAGCCCGGUCGGACAUGGCGCGUCUCCAAUUUUGUAUUUGCUGCCCAAUCCAGUACAAGCCUGCGUAUUACUUCUACCUGUCGAAGAUCGAAAUCGGUCAUCUCGCUUCCCGAUUACAUAAUAGAAAAAAGCCACCAUACCAACCUCUCUCAAAAGAUAUGUCCGAGCGAGAAAAAUUAUCCACAGAAGGUCUACAAUGUGUCCGGCUAUACUGGUAUCCGUCGGACAAACCGUUCCGAAAUUGUGGCCACAAGCCAUUAA